UGUUGCAAACUGAUAAACAGCCUUCUCUUUCUAUUACACCAUAGUCGUAUCAACCUUCAUCUAAUUUUCCCUUCAACAUUUUCAAUUCACUUCUUCAUCGUUAUAAUCAAAAUCCCAAUUUGUUGCAUAUAAUUUCUCGAAAGAUAUUUUGCAAAAAAACUAAACGAAAUUUAUUUUAGCUUAGGGUUAUGGAGUCCGUCGUUGCGGAGUUUGAAGGGGGGAUUUUGAGGGAGCAAGAUGUGUUUUCCUACUUCAUGUUGAUAGCUUUCGAGGCGUCCGGGCUGAUCCGGUUCGCCUCGUUGCUGGCCCUGUGGCCCGUGGUUCGCCUCCUUGAGGCGGCCGGGAGAGGGGACCGCGGCCUGAAGCUCACUAUCUUCGUGGCCACGGCCGGGGUCCCCCUGCAAGAGAUUGAGGCCGUGGCGAGGGCCGUGUUGCCGAAGUUCUACUUGGACGACGUCGACAUGGAGGCGUGGCGGGUGUUUAGCUCGUGCGAGAGGCGCGUCGUCGUCACCAAGAUGCCGAGGGUGAUGGUGGAGAGGUUCGUGAAGGAGCAUCUUCGUGGGGAUGAGGUGGUUGGGGUUGAGCUUUGCUCGAAUCGAUUUGGAUAUGCGACUGGCUUUGUGGAAGGAGAUGUUGGCUCCAUUGUUGCUAAGAGAGUUGCUUCAUUGUUUGGUGAUCAAGAGCCUAGCUUAGGGCUUGGGAGGCCUAGUUCUACUUGUGGUUCAUUGUUCCUACCUUUGUGUAAGGAACAAUGUCACCCACUUCUAACCACCACCAAGAAGCACGAGCACCACGUCGUCCGGCCGCUGCCGGUGAUCUUCCACGACGGCCGCCUGGCGAAACGGCCGACGCCGGCCACCGCCCUCCUAAUCCUCCUAUGGAUCCCCAUCGGCAUCCUACUCGCCGCCAUCCGCAUCGCCAUCGGGGUACUCCUCCCCAUGUCGGUGGCGACCCGCAUCGCCCCGCUCCUCGGGGCCCGCGUGGUGGUCCGCGGAAACCCUCCCCCGCCCGCCUCCGCCUCCACCUCCGGCGUCCUCUUCGUGUGCACGCACCGAACCCUAAUGGACCCGGUCGUCCUCUCGGCCGUCCUCCGCCGCCGCAUCCCCGCCGUCACCUACUCCGUCUCCCGGUUCUCCGAGAUCCUCUCGCCGAUCCCCACCGUCCGGCUGACCCGGAUCCGCGACGUCGACGCCCGGAGAAUCAAAAACCAGCUGGAGAAGGGCGACCUCGCCGUCUGCCCCGAGGGCACGACGUGCCGGGAGCCGUUCCUCCUCCGAUUCAGCGCCCUCUUCGCCGAGCUGACCGACAAGAUCGUGCCGGUGGCGAUGAAUUACAGAGUAGGGCUGUUCCACGCGACGACGGCGAGGGGGUGGAAGGCCAUGGACCCCAUUUUCUUCUUCAUGAACCCGCGGCCGGUCUACGAGGUGACGUUCCUGAGCCAGCUGCCGGCGGAGGCCACCUGCGCCGCCGGAAAAAGCCCGCACGACGUGGCGAACUACGUGCAGAGGAUUCUGGCGGCGACGCUGGGGUUCGAGUGCACCAACUUCACGAGGAAGGAUAAGUACAGAGUUCUUGCCGGAAAUGAUGGGAUCGUCGCCGACCGGAAAUCGGGGCCGGCCGGCGAAGUUCUUGACGCUUUGAAGAAGAUGGUCGGCAGCUUCAUGCUGCAUUCGUCAUAUUAAUUGUCUAUUUUUAUUGGUUUUGUAUAAUUAAUAAUUCUUUUUCUUUUUUUUUAGAUUUUUUCGUUUGGGUUUUUUUGAUUUCUCUCUUAUAAUUUUUUGGUUUGAAGGAUUUUUUUUUUUUUGGCCUUGAAGUGUUGAAUAAUGAAUUGGAAAUGAUGGAUAAUUAUAUGUAUAUUUAGAUGUGGGGGAAUUUUUUUUUGCCCUAUUUGUAAAUUGGCACUUUUUGUGUGGGGAUUUCAAUUCUUUUUAGUAUUAUGCAAAAACCUCUUACAAUUUGUA